AUGACCACUGCUGCAGAAAGAAAAUAUGUUAAUAUUAGGAAAAGAUUGGAUCAGUUGGGGUACCGCCAGACUCUGACAGUGGAAUGUUUACCUUUGGUAGAAAAACUUUUCAGUGACCUUGUUCAUACAACAGAGAGCCUUCGGAAAUCAAAAUUAUCUGCUGUGAAAGCUGAAAAAGAAAGUGCCAAUUUUGAUUUUGUUUUGGAACCCUAUAAAGUUGAAAAUGCAAAAUUAUGCAGGGAGAAUAAUGACUUAUACUUGGAAUUAAUGAAACUGAGAGAACAGUCAGAUCAACAAAUUAAAGAGUUGAAAGUUGCACUGAAGAAGUGUGCACGUGAAACAGGUGAUCUGAAAUUUCUUAAUAACCAGUAUAUUCAUAAGCUUAAACUUUUGGAGAAAGAAAGCAAAGCUAAGGAUGAAAAAAUACAACUACUUCAGGAAAAGAAUUUGCAUGCAGUUGUACAAACUCCAGGUGGCAAGAAAAGAAACAUUGCAUUCAGGCGCCAACGCAUGCAAAUUGAUGAACCGGUCCCUCCUUCUGAUGUCACUUCAUAUCCAGUUCCUCAGCCAGAUGACCCUUAUAUUGCAGACCUCCUGCAAGUGGCUGAUAACAGGAUUCAGGAACUUCAUCAAGAAGUCUGCCAGUUACAAGAAAAGUUAGCAGUAAUGGAAAAUGGAGUGAAAGAUUAUAACAAGCAGAUUGAGCUAAGAGAACAAGAGAUAGAACGCCUGUCAAUGGCCUUGGAUGGCGGUCGCUGCUCAGAUAUCCUCACUCUGGAGAGCAGAAAUAAAACCAACGAGAGGCUUAUUGCUCAUUUAAAUAUUCAGGUUGACUUUCUUCAGCAAGCUAAUAAAGAUCUGGAGAAGCAUAUACAAGAGCUUAUGGAAAGCAAGGAAACAGUCACUACUGAAGUUGUUCAUUUAAGUAACAAAAAUGAAAAACUCUGCCAAGAAUUAACUGAAAUAGACCAGUUAGCACAGCAGUUGGAAAGACAUAAAGAACAAGUACUUGAGACUGCCGAUAAAGAAAUUGGGGAAGCAAAGAAAGAGAUUAAAAGAAAACUCUGUGAAAUGCGAGAUCUUGAAGAAACAAUUUCAAAGCUUCAGCUGGAAUUAGACUUAAGUCAUAAAGAAAAGGAAAGACUAAAUGAAGAGCUCCUCAAAAAAGCAGAUCUUGAAACUGUUGUUUGUCAAAUUGAACAAGAAAAGCAAAGACUUGCCAAAAAAAUGGAAAGUUUUGCAGAUAUAGAAAAAGAACUAACAUUAGAAGUUGAGAGGAUGCGGCUAGAACAUGGAAUAAAACGUCGAGAUAGGUCACCUUCUCGUUUAGAUACAUUCCUGAAAGGCUUAGAAGAAGAACGAGAUUAUUAUAAGAAAGAGCUAGAAAGACUCCAGCACAUCAUCCGACGUAGAUCUUGCUCUACAAACUAUUGUGCUCGUGAAAAACUUCUAAUUUUAAAAACACCAGAGAAGGGUGAUUACAACUCCGAAAUUCGUCUGAUCACAAGAGAAAGAGAUGAACUUCAUUGUAUGCUAGAAAGAUUUGAAAAACAUAUGGAGGAAAUACAGUCCAAUGUUAAAUUAUUGACGGCAGAAAGAGAUAAACUAAGUAUCCUAUAUGAUCAAGCUCAAGAAGAAUUGUGUACACUAAGACAACAGGAAUCCACCCAAUCCUCAGUCUCCCCAAAUAUUGUUAGUCUUAUGGAACAGGAAAAAGAACAUGCAUUAUCUGAUUUACGAAGAAUUAUGGUAGAAAAGGAAGCUUUAAGAGAAAAAGUAAAGAACCUCCAAGAAAAGAAUCUUUUGGGAAAAUCAGAAUUAGAGGAGACGAUUGAGCAUUUGACGUGUGUUAAUCAUCAGCUUGAAAAUGAAAAAUGUGAAUUAAAGUCUAAAGUGUUAAUAAUGAAUGAGACAAUAGAGUCAUUAGAGAACAAAAUAAAACUCCAAACUCAGAAACUUAACCAUGUUGUUGGUGACUCAUCUCAUCAGAAAACAGAGAUGAACUCACUUCGGAUGGUCAAUGAGCAGCUACAGCGGUCACUUGAUGAUUGCCAACACCAACUCACUAUAAAAAGAGGUGAACUUGAAUCAGCCCAAUCACAAAUUAAAGUACUGGAGGAAAAACUAGAUAAACUAAACCUUAGAGUAAUGUCACAGGAUCAGGAGAUGAAGGUAAUGAGAGAGACCAUCGGAGUUAUUGAUAAAGAAAAAGACUUCCUUCAAGAGACUGUGGAUGAGAAGACAGAAAAGAUUGCAAACUUAGAUGAAAAUUUAGCCACUAAAGAAAAAACUAUUGCUCAUAUGAAGGUAACAAUGUCAGAGUUUGAGUCAUCUAUGAACCACCUCAAGGAUACCUUGACUAAUCGAGACCGUGAGAUCAGCAGCCUCCGGCGCCAGCUUGAUGCAGCUCACAAAGAACUUGAUGAAGUAGGAAAAUCUAGAGAAAUAGCUUUAAAGGAAAACAGAAGAUUGCAAGAUGAUCUGAGUACGAUGGCAAGAGAAAAUCAGGAGGUCUCACUGGAGUUGGAAGCAGCAGUGCAAGAAAAAGAGGACAUGAAGAGCAGAGUGCAUAACUACAUAACCGAGGUGUCGCGGUGGGAGAGCUUGAUGGCUUCCAAGGAAAAAGAAAAUCAAGAUUUGUUAGGAAGAUUUCAGAUGCUUCAUAACCGUGCUGAAGACUGGGAAGUAAAAGCCCAUCAGGCUGAGGGAGAAAACAGCUCCGUUCGACUCGAACUUCUUUCUAUUGACACGGAGAGGAGACACCUUCGUGAAAGAGUGGACCUACUAGAAAAAGAAAUCCAGGAGCACAUAAAUGCACAUCAUGCUUAUGAAUCUCAGAUCUCGUCAAUGGCAAAAGCCAUGUCUAGAUUAGAAGAAGAGCUUAGAAAUCAAGAAGAUGAGAAGGCCAUAGUUUUAAAUGACUUAUCUCUUCGAGAACUUUGCAUUAAACUUGAUUCAGGCAAGGAUAUUAUGACCCAGCAAUUGAAUUCCAAAAACCUUGAGUUUGAGAGGGUUGUGGUGGAAUUAGAAAAUGUAAAAUCAGAAGCAGACCUGUUUAAAAAACAAUUAACAAGUGAGAGACAUACAGUUAAAAACCUUGAAUCGUUGUUGGCUACAAAUAGAGAUAAAGAGUUUCAUUCUCAUUUAUGCUCCCAUGAGAAGGACACAGAAAUUCAGUUACUUAAAGAGAAGUUGACCCUUUCAGAAAGCAAAUUAACUUGCCAAGGCCGGGAAAACACCAUGCUUCGAAAUAAAGUGGCACAAUUGCACAUAGAUUUUGAUGCUAUUAAAAGACAAAUUUCAGCUGAAAGAUAUGAACGAGAACGAGCAAUCCAAGAGAUGCGUCGACAUGGUCUUCCUGCACCACCCCUUAGUUCUACUCUGAAGUCUCCUUCAAAUUCUCCUGAACUCACCGAUUUAUAG